AUCACUUUUGCAUUUGCCUUGAAUUGCCAACACCAUGAUUCGCCUCGCCACCGCCGUCGCCGCCAUCGCGUCGCUUGCGCUCGCUGCCGCCGAAAAGACGGCGCUCGUCAUCGUCGACGUCCAGUACGACUUUGCGUCGCCCAACGGCUCGCUCUCGGUGACGAACGGCGAAGCCGUCAUUCCCGUCAUCAACAACCUCCGCGCCAAGGGCAAGUGGGAUAUGGUCGUCACGACGCAGGACUGGCACCCCAAGGGACACAUUUCGUUCUACUCGCGCUGGAAGGACGACAAGAGCGCGACCAUGUUCCAGCCGUACACGCUGCCCGAUUCGGCCAAGUGGCCCAAGGGCUCGAUCCAGGUGCUCUGGCCCGACCACUGCGUGCAGGAGAGCGAUGGCGCCAAGUUGUACCCGAAGCUCGAAGUAGACGCCAAGGACGUUGUGAUCAAGAAGGGUUCGAACCCCGACCUCGACUCGUACUCGGCGCUGCUCGAGAACGACCAUACGACCGAGACCAAGCUGCCGGCGAUUCUCAAGCAAGCUGGUAUCACCAAGCUCGUCGUCGUCGGUCUUGCGGAAGACUAUUGCGUCGGCUCGACGGCCUAUGACGCCAAGACCGUGUACGAGUACGACGUGACGGUCAUCUCGGAUGCGACGGCCCCCGUCGCCGCACUCUCCCAGGCGGCGAUGUACAGCAAACUCAAGGGCGCCGGUGUCGUGUAUAAGACGUCGGCCGAGUACUUGAACCACCAUGCGUGCUAAUGCCUUCAGAAAUCUUCGAGUUUCGAUCGGA